CUUCCGUACCUCUUACCAUACCCAUUCGCUACGGCGAUUGUGGUAUCCUGUCUGCUUUUGUCUACCCACCGAUCUCACUACCUUUUCUAUCGCCUCUUAUACUAUCGAGGCCUCUUGUCCGCUCUGCUGCUGGCCUGGGCAGACCCCAUCCGAAAAGGUCACAUCAUCCGCGUACUAGUAGCGAUGUCAUCCAGCGCCACCUCGAACCCGGCCUCAACCAAGUUACCUCCGUCCUCGAAUCCCUCGAAUUACGCCCAGUCCCCUUCCACCUCCGGGUUUGAGCCUCUAUCGAAACGCAACAAUAGCUCGGGGAGUUUCGGAUCUGCUACUUCGACGCGUCAAACGGCCCAAGCGCGUGGGAAUCAGCCCCUCCGGAAGCAGCACAAAGGGCAGAGGAAACCACGGUUGCUGGAUGACGAUGCUAUUGCCGAAACCGCCGCCAUGAGGUCCAUCAACAGUCGCAAAGGUCAGACGUCGAUCACACACCUCAUGAACUUCAGCCUCCCACCCCGCCCUCAGCAACACUACCAGCACCACUUCAAUCAUAGACACCAGAGACGCAACCCUACAUGGGGACUUGGUUCUGGAUACCAUGCAGUGGAUAAAGCUCGCUAUGUGCAUGCAAACUAUCGGUUCAUAGUCCGCCCCGAUCGAGAAUACCAUGCCCAGACGGUCGAUGCAGAUGUGUACGUGAGCUGGGACGCCGUGUUGCAGGUGCUCGCGUCUGCCGAAACACAGGCCGCCAGCUGUCCGAUAUGUCUGUCCACUCCUGUUGCUCCGCGGAUGGCAAAAUGUGGUCAUAUCUUCUGUUUGCCUUGCUUGAUACGCUACAUGCAUUCCAGCGAUGAAGCAAACCCGGCUCCGGAGAGAAAGCCUAGGUGGAAGAAGUGCCCAAUCUGCGAAGACAGUAUAUACAUGUCGGAGGCUAGACCCGUCAGAUGGAUUUCCGGCAACGACGCGCAUAUGUUAAGAGAAGGAGGUGAUGUUCUUCUCAAGCUUCUAGUGCGUGACCCUGGGUCGACCCUGGCGCUGCCCCGCGACACGGCCGAUGGAUACGGCCGCUCAGAUGAUAUACCAUGGUUUCACGUCGCAGAAAUGAUGGAGUACGCUCGGUUCAUGAAAGGGAGCGAGGAUUACAUGACAGCACAGUAUGAUCAGGAGAUUGCAGCCAUCGAAGCCCAGGAAAAGGAGGAUGAACUGAUAUUUGGUGACGACACGACCUGGACACAGAAGGCUGUAUUGUCGAUUGAGGAUGCUAAACAGAAAUUGACUGGUCUGGGCAACCCACCACCCUCGGCACCGGCCGCCACGUCCACCGCAACCGCGGAAGCUACAACACCCUCUGUCAUGGGUGUGCAAGCAGGACCAUCAAGCCUGACUAAUGCCAUGCAUACUUUGUCUCUCGGACAAGGUUCCAGUCUCGCAAAACCUACUUCCGCUACGACACAAUCUGGGCCUGGAAGCAAUCGUCCGCCGUCACAUCCGUUUUAUUUCUACCAUGCCUUGCCCAAUUUCUUCCUUUCGCCCCUAGAUAUCCGGAUCCUCAAGACGGCCUUUGGUGACUUCUCCGCUUUUCCUUCGACGAUACUCCCUCGGGUCGAGCACAUCUCGACUGGUCACAUUAUAGACGACGAGUUACGCAAACGGGCCAAGUACAUGGCGCACUUGCCCUACGGCUAUGAAGUCAGUUUCCUGGAAUGCGAUUGGACAGAUAUCAUCAGCCCAACCAUUCUCGACCAGUUUCAUGACGAUCUUGCAAGGAGACGCAAGCGCAAGUCGGAGAAGGAGGCGCGUGAAGAGAGGGAUAGGAUCCGUGCCGAGAAGGAGGAGGAUGAGAAACGAUGGGCGUCCACGAGAAGACGGCGACCCAGCUCCGUUCCUAAAGCCUUUACAGAGGAAGACUUCCGACCGCUGGUCGGCACGCAUACUCAUCCGAGCUCAUCUCCUGUUGAGUCGGCACUCGCAGUCACACCUCCAUGGGCCACUUCAAGAAGCCAUUCUUCGUUUGCGCCACUAGCCAGUCCGGGCACCAGCCCUGAUGCACCAAGAACAGUCUGGGGUACGGCGCUUGUAGCACCUGCCUCGCCUGUCCUUGCUCCCCCAUCUGAACCGGCUUCACGGGACGAUGGCUGGCUUCAGGGCUGGGAAAAAGACUUACUGGAUGAGGACGAUCAUGUGGCCAUGGUCGAAGCCAGCAUCAACGGUGGAAGCAGCUCGCAACCUAAGCGUGGAGGCGGGCCUAGCAAGAAGGGCAAGAAGAAGAAGAUCACGUUGAUGUCCACCAACAAUAGACGGGGUGCUUGAGGGCCACGGCGUGUGAAUGUAAUGAUUUGAUGAAUUUGUGUAUAUGUAUAUAUCAGAGCGGUGACAGCUCCGGAAGAGAAGUGGUUGAUCAUUCCAAACAACUUGAGUCAACACAGCCUGAAUAGCAUGAAGGCGAGGCAAAUCUUUGUCCAUCUCCGUGUAAACUACACGUCUAGAUACACAGUGCUGGGUUGUGUGCUAGUUGGUGCAGCUUAACUACCAG